AUGUUUUCUUUCUUUCGUUCUUUCUUUCAUUUUCCUAAACACUUCCAUCUUUCUUUCUUUGCCAACUUUAUCAUACUAAAUAUUUCUUUCAUUUUUUAUUUCAUUCUUUCAUUGUUCCUUUCAUUCUCCUACGGAUUUGCAUCUUUAUUUCUUUCCCAUCUUUAUUUUACGCAAUGUUUUCUUUUGUUUCUUCUACAUCAGUGUUUUGUCUGUUUGUUUGUUUGUUUGUUUCUUUCUUUCUUUCUUCUUUCUUUCUUUCUCCUCCAAAUUUUACAUCCUUCUUUCAUAGCCAUUUCAUGUUGUUCAAUAUCUUCUUUCUUUCUUUCUUUCUUUCUUUCUUUCUUUCUUUCUUUCUUUCUUUCUUUAAUCUACGGAUUGUUUCUCCUUCGUUCUUUCUUUGGCAUAUUUAUGUUCCUCACUACAUUUUGUUUUUCAUGCUUUCUUUCUUGGCGGUUCCUGGUCGUUACUUUCCUUCCUUUCCGCCAUUAUUUUUCCUCUAAUGACUCAGCAGUGUCUUUUUUUAUUUACCAUAUUCUUUACUUGAGCAUCUUUCCUCACCGGACCCUCUCCACCGAUUCCGAAUGCGACUGA